CAUAACGCGGAAGACGAUACAUAGUACCACGUAGUAGUUGCUACGUCGAUAAUGUCGUUGAUUUUAACGCAGCAAGGUUCCGGUGAUUCGGUGAAUGUGCUCUUUUCAAACAUGGAGAGGUUACUCGUUUGAAAUAAUAUGUGGGAUUUAGGAAACCGGGGUAUUAUCGCGUUAGUAAGUGCGUUGAGUGGGUGUGUGUUUCUUUACAACGUAUGGGGCCCGAUUCUUAUUCUAACAAUUUCAUUGUUUCUCACUAUUUACGCGUGUUACUCUUUAAUCAUCAACGACAGUUUAUUGUCGCCACACGCGUUUCUUCUGUUUGAUUAUUGCAAACAGCUCUCUUUCGGAGUUCGUAUAAGCUUCGAGGCUGUCUUAGAUCACGUUUAUUGGUACACUGGUCAGUUUUUGGAAUCUGCGAAUCUUCGUUUUCGUAACCGAUACCUAACCCAAUCUAGGAUGGAAAGACGUCGAGGAUCUCAUUAUCAACUUAGCUCCGAUCCUUAUUCAACUAGAGAAAGAAGCACUUCCAGUUUUGGAUCGAUCGCUCAACUGAGUCCGAUCGGAAGGAAUGUACAGAAAGCCGAUAUUGCGAACCAUAUCAGCAACAAGAAUAGAUUCUAUCACGACUCGGAGCAUUCGUCGUACGAUGACAAUCCGUUCGCCAUAAAACACACCUCGACGCCAAUGUUUCCGCGGAACAAGGAGGAAUUUGAAAACCAACCACUCCAAGUAUCACCAGUGGAUGAAACUUUAUCAAGGAGAACAUCCCUCUCGUACAGGCAGGAUCACCCCCUGACACAAGAAGGAAAUAGAUCAUAUUUUGGGGCAGAAGGAUCCUCCUUGUGGGGUAAUUGCGUAAGUCCUAAAGAAAGAACGGACGCAAAGGUAGGAGGAGAAAGGAAAGCAGUUCAAACGGUCGCAGGACCUUUGUUGGCAACAACUAGAUACAAUAUAGACUCGAAAGUGUACAAUGACAUAUCAUCUCCAGGACUUACAACUCGCCUGAGGAAAUACGCAGCAGAAGCGAACAACAAAUUAACUCAUCAAUCUCAAUAUCGGGUGGGACAAUUUCCAAGAGUUAAUCUUAACGCUAGUCCAGUUCCGUUGAUAAACGCCAAGUCUGUGAAAACAAGAACGCCAGUGACAAUUAGAGUGGCGCCACCUAAUAUCAUUCGAUAUUCUCCACCGUCGAAGCAGAAAAUUUUGACAAGUUUACAUCAGAUGGACGAUAGCUGUUCGCCGCCUAGCGUUGUUCAAGCAUUAAGGGAGAUAUCGUUGAAGAGGCACGCGUCGAGGGAAGACGUGGUUUCUGAGUUAGCGAAGAAACAACGAACAGGUGGCCUUGUUAACAAAGAAUCGAAUGAAACGAAGGAUGAAACGAAGCAAAAGAGGAGCAGAGACGACUCUCUGAAAUCGGAGGAGGAGGAGAUUUCACCACAAAGUAAAAGCGUUCGACCAACGAAACGAACUAAAACACCUUCGUGUUACGACAUCAUAAACUCACUAAGUUCUAGCAGGCACGUUGUUUCCGGUGUGAAAAGGAAAGCUCGAGAUUUUUCGCGUAGCGGAACGCCAGAUUUUGAAAAACAUUUCAAAUCUUUGGAGUGCGUGCAGAGUACUAGCACGCAGACGUUGCCUCAAGUUCACAACACGAGUCUGAACCAUCGUCGAAGUAGCCACGACGAGGGGACGGAAAAGGGAAGUAAUUCGGACGCGUGUAACUACGUGGCUAAGCUAGAGGAACACUUACCGCUAAAGGGAAUAUUGAAAACGAGUAAUAGAAGCGUAGAGAUGGAGACGGAUAGUGGUAAAGAACAUAUGCAGACGGCGGCGACUCGUUCAAGUCCGCAGUGCAGCGACAAGGAUAGAUCGAUAGAAUCUGCCGGCGAAUCGGUGAGAUUAACGCACAAGUUAUUUAUGAGAGCAGAACCGGAGAGGAACGAGAAGUUGCGGAUGCUGGUUGAAGAGCAAGGUAACAUACGAGCAAAAUUCACCACCGACGACGUGGAAGAGAUCAAAAAGGAGGACAUCGCGGAUAUGAGACAAACGAGCAUGAAGGCGAGACUUCAGAGCAUGUUCGAUGCCAUAUCUGGUAAAGCAGCCAGUCGAAUCAAUCCGGACGUGGUCAUUCAAGCGGAGGAAACGAACGCUGAAACAUCGGUCGCGUGUCCCGUGAUAUGCGUGACUCUUAAUUCUUCGACCACCACUACGAACGUGAAUACCACGCCUAUUUCUACGUCGGCCGUCGUUCCUAGUCCUGGUACUAGUGAAUCAGAAACAAAGUCGCCGAAACACGUGGUCUUUAAUUUACCGAGCAAAGAGUCGAAUGGAAAUGUUCAGCAGAUAGCCGGUACGUUCGCUAGAACAAGCGAAACCGUUCCAACAACCCCAGUGACAGAUAAAAAGAAGACGACUAGCGCUUCUGGAAUUUCGUUUGCACCAUCCGUAAUCGUAUCACAGCCUAUUGUUUCGAACGCAAAUGCACCAGCUGUUGCGAGUUCCUCGACGAAUUCGAACGUACAAAUUUUCAAUGUUGACAAAUCAACGGGAACCACCAGCAUCGUCACCACUACGGUGACAGGUAGCUCGCCUUUGGUCACGCUCGAUGCUGCUACCGCGAAUAAAUCUCCGUUAUUUGCCGCCGUACCUGUCAUCACGGCCAAUACCUUUGGAAAAGUUGCCGCCGCUGUACCGACGACGAACGUUUCGCAAGCCGCAGGAGUCGCCUCGCCCAGCUCGAACGUAUCGUUCGGAAUUUUUUCACCGUCCCAACAAGCGAACGUUCCAGAGACAACGGUUGCUACAGUCGAGAACAAGGAACGAACCGUAGGAUCUACUUCGACUGACGGCGACGUUUUUGACAACACCAGCAUUUUUAUUGGAAUAACGGCCACGUUACUUCGUUGGAAUAAUACCGGUGGUUUGACCACGACCACGACCACGACCACGACCACGACCACGACCACGACCACGACCACGAGCACGAGCACGAGCACGAGCACGAGCACGACCACGUGCACGAGCUCGACCACGUUUGGAAGUAAGACUGUUAAUUCGUCGACCAGUUCGAAACCCGGAACAUUCGUGUUCGGAUCCGCGGCAAAUGCGUCACAGACUGGCGGAACAUUUGGAAGUUCCACAAUCGGUGGUAACGCUAUUACGAGUACGGCUGCACAGACUGGUUCUACUACGAACGUCGUGGCCAGUGCUCCUAUGCCAUUCAAAUCAAGCGCAGAACCUUCCCUACCGACGUUCGGAUCAACUCCAAGCUCAACGUUUACGUUUCGUGCUCCACCUUCGUCAUCGGCUAACGACGGCAAAGCUAACUUUUCUUUCGGUAAUACGUCUACAGCGACGACUACAGGCUCGAACAUGUCUGUGUUCGCCAUGGGAAACAAUACGACCACCACCACUACCAACAACAACGAUAACAAAAACAACUCGACUCCAAGUUUUGGAACGUCAACGUCAACGAACGCCGGUUCUAUAUUUACCAGACCGAUUUUGACGCCGUCGAUUUUCGGAGCAACAUCCACGCAACAAAGCAACCAGCAGCCUGCCUCAAUUUUCGGUACAUCUUCGAAUUUAAAAGCAACCACAGCUGCCUUCACUGCUCCGAAGAGCACGGCUACCGGAAUUUUCGGUUCGAACGUUUCCUCCACUUCCGUAGCAUUUCCAUCCACAACCUCGUCGAUGCAGAUCUUCUCCAACACUAGCAGUGGACCCGGUUCGGGAAUACCGAGCACAACUCCCAUGCCGGUAUUUGGUUCUACCGGGAGUACGUCUGCUUCGGGAAUAUCUGGAGGAACGAAUAGUGGAGCCGCCGGCAUAUUCUCCGGCGCUAGCUUGACCAGCUCGACGACAACAGUAACCACGUUCGGCACGACCAAUAAUAUUUUCGACCAAGCGAACCCGUCGGCGGCUACGAAUUUCAAGAGUGGCACAUCGGUAUUUGGAAGUAACACCGGUUCGACGUUGUUCGGUGCUCAAGCGAGCGGUACAUCGUCCGCGUUUGGCGCCGCGAACGUCCCGAGCACCAACAACUUGGCUCCUUCUGCUUUCGGUUCCACCAACGUUUCCACGAGCAACACGCCGAUUUUGCCGACUUUUGGUCAACCUAGUACCGCUACUUCCUCCGUGUUUGGCCCACAGACCAAGACGACUCUCGGCGUGCAGAGUUCCGCGUCGUCGCCUAAUUUCGGUGUCGGAACCACCACCUCGAUAUUCGGAACAGAGAACCACGCCGGUGGUCAAAAGUUUGUGGCCUCGAACAGUGCUGCUUUCGGUUCUUUUACCGGGCAAAUUGCCUUGCCGAAUCGUACGUUCAAUACUACUAGCACCAGCAACGUGAACACGAACGACGCGAACGCAAACGCAAACGCGAACGCGAACGCCUCCUCUGCCCCAUUCGGCGAGGGCGGUAACAAGAUUUCGCUGUUCGGACCACAAACCUCGGCGUUCGGAGCGCCCAACGUUUCUGCUCCCGCUCCCAUUCCUGCACCCGCUCCUCUUCCUGCUGCUGCUCCCGCUACCGCACCCGCUCCCGUUCUCGUUCCCGCUCCUGUUCCCGCCUUCGGAACCACCAACACGAACAACGAGAAUAACAAUGCAUCAUCGGGUAUAUUCACUUUUGGGGCAAAUCAGAAAGUACCGCAGCAAAAUACCAGUUUCACCUUCGGUGGCAACAACUCAUCUGCCCCUUCUACCUCCGCCGUACCUUUUCAAUUUGGCGCGACUAGUUUGAAUUCAGGUACAGGAUUCAAUUUCGCCGCUCCGACGACCACUCCAUCUAUCAAGUUCGGAACAGCUAGUGCCACGCCGACGUUCAACGCUUCUACGCCUGGCACGUUCAGCAUAGGAAGCGGUUCUACCGCGCCAAGAUCCAGAAACAUGCGAACCAGAAAACCGAGAUGAUGGAGAAUGUAAAUCUUGAUAUAGCACCUUAACAGAGGAUUCUUCUUCGUUGAAAUACAGCUGCGCGCGGCAUUCGAUCUCUCAUUAAUCUCAUAAUUCAAAAUUGGUUACUGCGUUUCCACCGAUUCUACCGCAUAAUUCAAUGGAUAUGAAUUUGACCGUUUUCGCCGUUGUUACACGUAAUCACCGCUAUAGUUAUUAUUGUCAUCGACAAGAAUUGUGUCUAUGUAGUGUUGCGUCUCGCACACCGCAAUUCGUUUUGAAUAUC